CGGAGCCGGAGCGUGAUGCAGCGGGCGCGCGGGCUGCGGGCCGAGGCCGACGCGCCCGAGGAGGAAGCGGAGGAGGCGGCGGAGGAGGAGGAGGCCAUGGCGGCCGUGGCGGCGGCGGCGGGCGGCGCGGGCGCGGCCGUCCUGCAGGUGGCCGGCCUCUACUGGGGGCUGUGCGCCGUGCGCAGCCGCGCCCUGGGCCUGGGGCUCGUGUGCCCCGCGCAGCUGCGCGUGUUCCCGGUGCGCCGCGGCUCGGGCGGGCCCGCGGGGGGCGCCGACGGCAGCCGGGCCGGGGCCGAGCUCGAGGCCAACCCCUUCUACGACCGCUACCGCGACAAGAUCCAGCAGCUGCGCAGGUCUGACCCAGCUGUUUUUGAGUCCCGACUGGAGAAGCGCAUUGAGUUUCGAAAGCAGCCAGUGGGGCACUCCAGGCAAGGUGACUUUAUCAAAUGUGUGGAACAGAAGACAGACACCUUGGGGAAACAGCCUCUGAGAAGAGGAUUCACUAAGGACAAGACUCUCAGUUCAAUCUUUAACAUUGAGAUGGUGAAAGACAAAACUGCAGAAGAAAUAAAACAGAUUUGGCAGCAGUAUUUUGCAGCAAAAGAUACAGUCUACGCAGUUAUUCCUGAAGAGAAGUUUGAUUUGAUCUGGAACCGGGCUCAGUCCUGUCCAACAUUUCUCUGUGCACUGCCGAGAAGGGAAGGCUAUGAGUUCUUUGUAGGACAGUGGACAGGUGCUGAGCUCCACUUCACUGCACUUAUAAAUAUUCAGACCCGAGGGGAAGCUGCAGCCAGCCAGCUGAUUUUAUAUCACUACCCUGAACUUAAGGAAGAGAAGGGCAUAGUGCUGAUGACAGCAGAAAUGGAUUCCACAUUUCUGAACGUUGCUGAGGCACAGUGCAUUGCCAACCAAGUUCAGCUCUUCUAUGCCACCGAUCGGAAAGAGACCUACGCUUUAGUGGAGACCUUUAACUUCAGACCGAAUGAGUUCAAAUAUAUGUCUGUCAUCGCUGAAUUGGAGCAAAGCGGACUUGGUGCAGAACUGAAAUGUGCCCAGAACCAGCAUAAGACUUAGAGCUGUAGGGGUUGGCUUAUAGAGUCUGCUCAGCCCUGGAUAGUCUAGAGCCCACACACCGCCUUGAACUCUUGGGAGCUCAGCAUCUAUACUCAGCAGUCUCUAAUGAGUCUCUUAUUGCAAGAAGCAACAUGGAGAUGAGCCCUAUUACUUGAUAUUCAGGAAUGAAGUACCCAAACAUUCUGAUAAUUAUCUCCCAGCAUACUUGAGGUUUCAUUUUUAAGUGUUUGAGGUCAUAACCAGAGACAGCCAAGGAUCUGCAGGAUGUUUGACUUGAUUUUACACAGUAUAACAGUGCAUUUGCAUUCUGACCAUUUUGACUACACAGCUCCCAAAUGAUUAGGUCCUUAUCUUUAUAAACUUGUGACAGGAUAAUAAGCUUGAAGACCUGCUAUAGUUAGAUGUAGGCUUUACAUCCUCUUCCCUUGUACCACUUGGCUGGCCAAAGGCACAACACAAAUAUCCUAUUUAGACUCCAGAACAAGCACAUAUUGCCAUCAGGAUUAAGACUUUAUCUAGAUGCCCCCAGAGUUGCCUUUAAUGUAGCUGGUUUAGAGUAUCAGUAGAUUUCAGGUAUAGUUAAACACACAGGUAUGGUGCCUGCAUAUUUUUUAAGCCAUAGUUUGUGGCACCUGCUCCUCCAAUUCUGCCUAUUAGAAGCUAUGUAUUUGGAGGGGGUGAAUCAGUGCAGAGUAAAUAAAUCAACACUUUUCCAAGCAGAGGAUCAAUCCAGAUUUGCAUGUUUGUUUGUUUGUUUUAAACAACUCUAAGCCGUGCCAGUAUGAUAUGAAAAUGUGGGUGGAUUCAAAUGUUCCCAGAUUGGAUAUGGGGAAAAUGUAGCAAUAAAAUAAGCCUGACUUACAAUCUUUGCUAUGAUAAAUAGUGAAAUCUAAGCUAUGUGCUGUCCAUAGUGUCAGUGCUGUGGCUGAUUUGAUCAAAACUCAUCUUUGGACUCAGCAGUUACUUGAAACGUCAAAAAUAAGAAAGGAGCUCUCCAGUGCUGAAAACUCACGUUUGGUUUGUAGUGUCACUGUUGUGUCUCCAAGCUCAGUGAGAGAAGAUGGUGGUGGUUGCAUGCCAGGCUUCUGGACCCGAGGCCUCACGGGCCCCCAGUAUUGCUGUCAACUGCCUGUACUACACCUUUCCUUUUCUUCAUCUGGCGUGCUCCACUUUGCUGCUUCUGCCCAAGAUCUGGGUUAUGACACUGAAUAUGGUGAGUGGGAAUGUGACCAGUACUUGCAGUUUGUGUGUGUAUGUUUGUUUUCUUUGUUACAGAAGAAUUUUUAUAGGUUGGGCCUGUCCCCAAGCUCUUUAAAUGGGAUUGCACUUCCCAUUAUUUUUUGAGCUGUGUCUAUUUUGUUGUACUUCUGAGUCUGUGUGUAGAAAGAGAUAGUGUUUGUUUAACCUGGAAAAGCUGCUGGCCUUUCACAACUUCUCUGAAGGUUGAGCCAUUUCCUAAUGCAAAUUCUGGACCUAACUCUGGUCCUGACAGUUCAUUUUUUGAGAAACUUGAGUCUGAAUGUUUUGAGUCCCAGGAAUCUUUGACGUCAGGUGGAGUUACUUUCGUGAGUACGUUUGCUUUUCCCUCCAGAUGGACCCAGUUCUUAACCAUGGUACAUUUGCAUAACACCUCCACCAGAGGAUGAGAAAAUGAUGGGAAAAGAAAGAAGAACUGGUUGCUCAUUUUGUUGUUUCUCCCAGCUUUGCCCUAAAUCCCCACUUAGCAAAGAAGGAUGUAUCCAUUGUCAGUUACAUUGGACGUGAUCAAGGUAUCAUCUGGCUGUUCUUUACAUUUACCUGAUGAGAUCUGGCAAAGAACUAAAAGAAAAUUGUAACAUUCAUCAGUAAAUUUGUGCCCUGGUGCCAGAUGGUGUUACAGAAAGUGGACAGUCUUUAGAGUUAAGCGAAUCUGGGUUCAUUGUUGGGAUUCAUUAGCUCUAUAAUGUUGAACAAAUUAUUUAAACUCUCUAAUUCUGUUUCUUCAUCUGUAAAAUGGGGAUAAUAUCUACCUCACAGGAUUAUUGUAAGAAUUAAAUUAACUUAAAUAUAGAUUAAAGUAGAGCUUAGUAAACGCCUGCUCUCUUCCUCUUCUCUACUUCCCCUUCCUUUCAUUAAAGACCAACACAAAUUAGCAUUUCAGAUGUGCAGAUCAUUCUUCAUUCAAGUUUAAAAAGCAAACCUUAUCUCACAGGUUCUCGCACUUUAAGUUGCAGUAGAAUUACACAGAGCACUUGAAAUGCAGAUUCCCAGGCCCCAAAUCCCCAACCUGCUGAAUCUUAAUCUUUGCUGAAGGUGCUGGGAAUCUAAAUUUUAAUAUGUGCUCCAGGUGAUUCUGAUGUGGAUAAUUAGCCAGCCAUACUUUGAGAACCAUUGCCUUAUCUAUUCUUCACCAAAAAAAAUGCCCAUUAGCCAAUGGGUAAUGUGGACAUUAACCACAGGAUCAGAUUCCCCUGCUGCUUGCCUCCCAUAGUUGGUCCCCUUUGCAUCCUCUCCAUUAUAUUUAUUUAUGUAUGCGUCUUUUUUCCCCACUAGACUGUGAGCUCCUUGAGGGCCAGGGUUUAUCUUCAUUCACAGUGCCAAGGAUAUGGCCUAGAACAUAGAAGAUGCUCAGUUGUUUGUUGAAUAAAUAAAUGACAUGGAUUUUAGCCAAAACGUUA